CGGAGAGGCAGGCUUGGUUGCCGGGACUGCAUCGAGGGAGCCGGUGGGCUGGGAAGCGUACAUAAGAGGCGCUUGAAUCUCCGGUCAGCAGUGCGAGAGAGACGUCCGCCCGCUCCUGCCGCCCCUGCCAGGGACUUUUCCUCGGCGAGGAGCAACGGCUGCCUGCCUGCCUGUCUGCCUGCGAGCGCCAGAGCUGCAGCUCACACCCCCUUCAGGUCCACGAAGCCCGCGCCUUCUCCUGCGCGACUGAUUCUUCAGGAGAUCAGCCUCUCUGGUAUGCCGCCGCCCUUCCCUUCGGCUGCUCCUCUCCGGGUGAAAAGCGAUCCAAUUUGGCCAGAGCCUGAGCAUCACCGGGGCAGGAAGGCGAGGCUGUUCUCUUGUUGAGGCUCCUCUGAACCUCGUUUCCAGGUUUGGACCUCAGGCUGGGAAGCUGGUGGGGACCUGCAGAUCCCAGAAGAUCAAACAGAAGAAUGAAGGCCUUCUGGACUCUCUUGGCCACAGUGCUGUUGGCAGAAGAGGCCCUUGCUCUCCGGGCAUCUCGUACGCGGAGGGAGCUGGCCCCGGGAUUGCAUGAGCGGGGGAUCCGGGACGCAGGAGGCUCUUACUGCGAACGCCGUAAUGCUUGCUGCCCUGGGAGGGAUGAUGGCUGCACAGUGCCAUACCUGGACACCAUCUGCUACUGUGACCUCUUCUGCAACCGCACUGUCUCUGACUGCUGCCCCGAUUUCUGGGAGUACUGUUUGGGCAUCGAACCUCCAUUUGCUGUGCAGAAAGCCUGCAUCCGUAAUGGACACAAGUUCCCAACAGGCUCAACCUACAGAGAUAACUGCAACUUCUGCACUUGCGAAGGAAAUGGGCAAUGGUCCUGUGAAAACCACGCUUGCCUCAUCAAUGGGGAUAUGAUAGAUGCCAUCAACAGAGGGAAUUAUGGCUGGAGAGCCUCCAACUACAGCCAGUUCUGGGGCAUGACGCUAGAGGAGGGCAUCCAGUAUCGCCUUGGCACCAUCAAACCCCCAACUGCUGUCAUGAACAUGAAUGAACUCCAUAUGAAUAUGGAUGCCAAUGAGGUGCUGCCUUCCCAUUUCAACGCUGCUGAGAAGUGGGCAGGAAUGAUCCACGAGCCGCUGGACCAGGGCAACUGUGCUGGAUCCUGGGCCUUUUCUACUGCAGCGGUGGCCUCGGACAGGAUCUCCAUCCACUCCAUGGGACACAUGACUCCCGCCUUAUCGCCCCAGAACCUCCUCUCCUGCAACACUCGCAACCAGCAAGGCUGUAGCGGGGGCCGAAUUGAUGGGGCCUGGUGGUUCCUGCGCAGGAGAGGAGUGGUGACGGACAAAUGCUACCCUUUCACCAGCCAGGAAAAAGACAGCACCCCGCCUGCAACCCCUUGCAUGAUGCAUAGCCGCUCCACAGGCCGGGGCAAGAGACAAGCCACGGCACGCUGCCCCAACCCAUGGACGGACUCCAAUGAGAUCUUCCAGUCCACCCCUGCGUAUCGCCUCUCCUCUAACGAGAAAGAGAUCAUGAAGGAGUUAAUGGAGAAUGGACCAGUGCAAGCCAUCAUGGAGGUGCAUGAAGACUUCUUCAUGUAUAGAAGUGGCAUUUAUCGGCACACAUCUGUAGCUGCCGGGAAGCCAGAACAGUACCGACGGCACGGCACCCAUUCCGUCAAAGUCACUGGGUGGGGAGAGGAACAGCUGCCUGAUGGGUCAAAUCAGAAAUACUGGAUUGCUGCCAACUCGUGGGGCAAGGUGUGGGGAGAGGACGGCUACUUCCGCAUUGCCCGUGGGGAAAAUGAGUGUGAGAUCGAAACCUUUGUGGUAGGCGUCUGGGGCCGAGUCGGGAUGGAAGACAUGCACCACAAGAAGUGAGGAACUUGGUAGGCCGACCUUGCAUCAGCAGGUUACCAGGGAGAACUUCCUUCCUUUUGUUGCCCACACCUUUUUUCUUCUCCAAAAAAAGAAAGAAAACAAAAUCAAAUCCGAGAUCUGGAUCAGCCAAAGAACACCACACAGCUCCUUUUCACCACUGUGUCUGUCUCUGAAGAGAACAAUGCUUGACCACAUUCUGGGGUCUGCACAAGACUGUGUGAGGCCUAGGACUGUUCUUGAAGCCCUGGGUAUGUCUAAAAGGCUUUGGAUGGCCUUCUUGGAAACUUUGGAAGCUCCUUGAGAACUCAAGAAACAGCUGGAGAGGGGGAAGUUUUGUCAGAAGGGACCAAGGAAAGUUAUUCUGUCUGACACCCCCUUGCUCCUCUGCAUCUUUGUUAGCCUACACUCAAAACCCAAAGUUUGCCAAAGAGACAUCAGAAGCAAAUAAGGAACACCCUGUCAAUUUUGCCUGAAGAGUGGCUAAUACCAUACAGUGAACUGUAUGGGAGGACAAAUCAGCAUCUCAUUUUCUGUGGGUAUCCAGUAAUCUCUUGUACACCUCACCAGUGCCUCAAAAUGAAGCCAUUUCAGAA